AUGGAGACACAAUUAGGUCAGAUUGCUGAUGCUUUGAGUCAAAGAGAACCCGGGAAAUUUCCAAGCCAACCGGUGAUACUUCAAAGGAACCAAGAGCAGGCCAAAGCGGUCAUAACACUUAGAAGUGGUAAGGUUAUUGAUAAUAGAGUUGGCAAUGAAGUUACUAAUGAAUCUGAUCAUGUGAAUGCAGGCCCCACUCAAGAAGAGCAUGAGAAACCGAAUGAAGAUCCAAGCAAUGCCACUUCUUCGUAUGAAGCUCCAAAUUUUCACAAGGCUGAAAAACCUUACACUCCUCCAAUCCCAUUUCCUGGAAGACUUGCCAAAAGCAAGCAGGAGAAGUCAUUUAAAGAAAUUUUUGAUAUUUUAAGUAAAGUGAAUGUUAAUUUACCUUUGCUUGAUGUCAUUAGGAAUAUGCCAGCAUAUGGGAAAUUUUUCAAGGAGCUAAACACUUAUAAGAGGAAGUAUGGACCUAAUGAAAAGGUGAUGGUGUCUGAAAAUGUGAGUGCUGUGCUUCAAAGAAAGCUCCCACCAAAACUCAAGGAUCCGGGCAGUUUUUCUAUCAAUAUCACCAUUGGAGACACGCUAGUUGAAAAGGCUAUGCUUGACUUGGGGGCGAGCAUCAAUUUAAUGCCCUAUUCAGUGUACCUUCAAUUAGGUUUGGGGGGUUUGAAGGCAACAACUAUUUCAUUGCAACUUGCCGAUCGAUCAGUGAAAUAUCCAAGAGGUAUAGUGGAAGAUAUCUUAGUUCAAGUUGACAAACUAAUUUUGCCUGCUGAUUUUGUAGUGUUGGACAUGGAAGAGGCUCCUAUACAUGAUCGUGAGUUACCUAUUUUGCUUGGGAGACCCUUUAUGGCCACGGCAAAGACUAUCAUAGAUGUGCAAAAUGGUCUCCUCACCAUGACUGUGCUAGGAGAAACUGUACAAUUCAAAGUGUUUGAAUCUCUUUCUCACCCUUCUAGUUCACUUGAUUGUUGUUCGAUUGAUGUGCUUGAUUCACUUGUUUUCUCUAAGUUUUUCCUGGCACAAUCCAAUGAUCCAUUACAAUAUGUUUUGAAUUUUCUCAAAGAUAUGAUUUUCACUAGGUUUGGAACUCCGAGAGCUAUCAUUAGCGAUGGUGGCAGUCACUUCUGCAACAAACCUUUUGAGGCAUUGAUGAAGAAGUACAACAUCACACAUAAAGUGGCAACUCCAUACCAUCCUCAAACCUCUGGACAAGUGGAAAUCAGCAAUAGAGAAAUAAAGAACAUCUUGAUGAAAACCGUCAGCCCUACAAGGAAGGAUUGGUCACUAAGGUUGAAUGAUGCACUUUGGGCGUAUCGCACAGCGUACAAGACCCCAAUUGGAAUGAGCCCUUAUCGACUGGUGUUUGGAAAGGCAUGUCAUUUGCCAAUGGAGCUUGAGCACCGUGCAUAUUGGGCCAUAAAGAAGUUCAAUUUUGAUCUCAAAGAAGCUGGUACAGUGAGGAAGCUCCAACUCAAUGAGUUGGAAGAGCUCAGAAAUGAAUCAUAUGAGAAUGCAAGGAUCUACAAAGAACGAACCAAGCUCUACCAUGACAAAGCAAUUCUUAGGAAGGAGUUUCAACCAGGUAAAUUGAAGUCUAGAUGGGUUGGACCAUUCAAAGUGCUUCAAGUAUUUCCCCAUGGAGCUAUGGAGAUAGAAAACAUCAAGAAUGGGACCCGUUUUAAGGUCAAUGGACAGCGUUUGAAGCCUUAUUUGGAGAAU